AUGAGCUUUCCAGACAAACUGCUGAUCCUGCUCCUCCUUUCUUCCCUGGUCUCUGCCCAGCUCAGACAUAAUUUCAGUUCCAGGUCUUCUUCCAUCCAGGAACCCACUCCAUCAAUCUCCAACACAAGCUCUACAGUAGAAGAGGAGCUUGCUGGCAGUAUACAGCCUCCCAGUGUGAGCCAAAAACCUCAAGAAGAGGAAAAACAAGAUUGGUCUGUGCCUGAAAAUUACCUCUAUACCGGUGAUGCCUCUCUCCUGAGUUCUUCAAGCUGCCGGGAUUCUUUCCAGCUGACUGCUCAGCAUGGUGCUAUGCCACAAGACAUCAAGGCCCUCCUCUACCAGCCUACACUGUCCUUGACUAACACUGUGAACUUCCUCAACCUUAUCUUUCAGGCAAGUGAACUGAGGGAGACCAGCAUAAGGGAGGACAUAGAGUGGUACCAUGCGUUGGUCCGGUCCAUGCUUGUUGGUGAAAGGCCUAGCCUGGUGAGACAUGCUCUGCUAAGCUUUGAUGCUGAUCCUACAGCACCUCAACCACAGCUCGUACUCUGGGCGUCCAAGGGCUCAUCUCAGGACAUCUACCUACAGGACCUCACAUUAGCCUGGGACAAACUUCACUUAUUGCCCCAUGGCCUUGAUCAGAGCUGGUUCACCUUACUGAAGUCCAACAGCCUAUCCUUUUCUAGCCUGUCUAAACAGGUCCUGCUCAAUGACCUCAGCACCCUGGACACACCCAAGUGGGCACACGGGGGCACCUAUGUAACUAAUAGCAGUGGACUGCAGUGGGGUGAGGCUCCAUUCUUGGAAUGUAAGGAAGGGCAUUUCCUGCCUGGGUGGCUACUUACACUUUCCAUGCCUUUUUAUGGGCUGAAACCAGACCUCAGUCCUGAGUUCAGAGGUGUGAUCCGUGUAGAUGUGAAUAUCCAGGAUUUUGAUGUAAACCAGUGUGCCACUGGGGACUUUUGGUUUGCUGACACACAUCAGUGUAACCGUACCAGCAUGGAGUGUGAGCCGAUUCCUGGGCAAGGGUUUCGUUUUGGCCAGUACUGCUGCCGAUGUAAAGAAGGAUACUACAGCCUGACAACAGUCACAAAUAACCAGUGUACAGCUUUUUUGGAUGAUGGUUCGAGUAGUACUCAGGGGUGUUACCCUAUGAUUCCUGUGUGUGUGCCCUGCUGGCCGGGCUGUAAGCAGUGUCAGGAUGGUUCCCCAUGUUGGGUUCAGGAGGACUGGAACCUGAGAACAGUGCUACUAAUUGUGCAUGGUUUCUUCAUGGCACUUGUGCUUAUCAGCAUGCUGAGAGUGUACCAAUGCCGGAAGACAAGGCUGAUUCGAGCAUCUGGUCUCUUGUUGCUGGAGAUUGUUCUCUUCGGGUCUCUGCUUCUUUACUUUCCUGUCUUGAUAAUAUAUUUCAAACCCAGCACGUUCCGCUGCAUCCUGCUCCGUUGGGUCCGUUUGCUGGGCUUUGCCAUUCUUUAUGGCACUGUGAUGUUGAAAAUGUACAGGGUUCUAAAUGUAUUCCUCUCAUGCAUUGCCCAGAGAGUCCCCUACAUGUCCAGCACCAGUGUACUCAGGAUGCUGGGAGUGAUGGUGCUCACAGUGAAAUGGUUUUUGUGUGCUUGGACUGUGGGGGUCCUUCAGAACCGGGAUCGUAAUAUCCCUCUACUGAUAACAUUAACCACCUCAGAUGGGCGGCGUUUCCAAGUGUGUGAUUUGGACCGAUGGGAUUACAUGAUGGCUAUGGCGGAGGUGCUGUUCUUGUGCUGGGGCAGCUCUCUCGGCAGUGCAGUGAAGGCUGUGCCUUCUGCCUUCCAUGAGCCUCGCUACAUGGGCAUCGCCAUCCACAACGAACUGCUCUUCUCCACUGUCUUUCAUCUACUCAGAUUCAUAAAGCCAUCUCUACAUCCUGACUGGAUGCUCUUGCUGUUCUUUAUCCACAUACAUGUCACAAUCACUGUAACACUUGGCCUGCUAUUCUUUCCCAAGUUCCUUCAUAUAUCUCAACUCAAAAAAGAAGAUAUUGUUUCAGAGAUGUAUGAGGAUGAAGUCGUCCUGCCACGCUCAUGUUUACACCUGAAUAACAGUUUUACAUCUGCCUGCUGGAGCGACCACAACCUGGACCCUGAUGACAUUCGGGGUGAGCUGAAGAAACUUUAUGCUCAGUUAGAAGUCCACAAGACCAAGAAAAUGGGAAACAACAACCCACACCUGCAGAAAAAGCGCAGCUCUCGGCUCAUGCUUGGCCGUUCCCUUGUUAGGCGGAUAGCCGAGAUCCCAGACAGCAUGAGUCGGCAGGGUAGCCGUGAAGAUAAGGACACGUCAAGAACUGGAGGAACACGAAAAAGGUCUGGGUCUUGCAUGGCAAUUUCCGAAAGCACCUGUGUCAUUAUGAGAAAUGAGACAGCAAAGCUGCCAUCACCAGAGAUACAAAAGUGUGUGCCAGUGAGAGAUACCUCACUGAUAAAUUCUUCAGUGAAAAACUGUAUGAACAAGAGGGCCUCGGAGACGGAGUCCAUCGACACAGCACCACUUUUCUGUAAGUCGGUCAGUGCUCAAAACCUGGCUGUAGACAACAGCUUCCUGCAGCCAGUGUCCACCCGGGUUCAGAAAUCAUAUAGUUUUACAGAGAAUCACAGGGAUCAUAAUCCUCAUUCUCCUACUAAGAGCAUGGUGGACACAUCACAUAUUUAUAAAACGAGCCCAAAAGAUCAGUCACUGGACAAGGUCGAGGUUAAAGAGAAACAGCCUACAGACACAAACAUGUCAAACCAAAAACAUGUUACUUGCAUGCUCUCUGAGCAAGAAACCCUAACACCAAAGCUUACAUCAACCCCUACACUACUGUAUGUUUGCCCCUGGGAAUUUGCCUCCUCAUUGCCUUCCUCUUCCCCUCCUGUGGCAAAAAGAGAGAGUGGUCUAGACUCAGAUCUUGAAUCUUCAAGACCAAAACCUCCAAUCUCCUCAAGUGCUCCAGGAUCACCAUAUAGCUUUGCCAAGCCAAUGGCCCACUGUGGUUUCUCUUUCCAUUCUGCUACCCAGACCCUCCUUUUAGCAAGGGGCUUGGUGGCUAAAAAAUCGAGUGACCAAUAUAGCAGUAAAAAUGAACUUAGCAAACAGGAGAAUGUUUCUCCUUGGGAAAUCGACUCUGAACGGGCAGCAAAUACAAAGGACAGCAUCAUUGAGAAGGGGGAGGAAGAUACCAGUGUACAUACUGCACACGAGGCAAGGGCUAAUCGGCCUUUGACUCGAUGUGAUGCAUUGUGUCCAUGGGAAAUGAAAGGAGGAUCACAAGCAUCCAUUACUAAGCAUGAUAACUCAGAUAUCUUCACAUGGGAGGAAUCGAUUGCAGAGGAAGAAAGUGAUGCAGAAACAGCGGCAGAGGCCUUCAUCUUCCCACCUGACUAA